GUCAGUAGUGUAUGUUGAAGAUUUCAUUAACGUUAGUGGUAGAGUAUUUAAAACAUCAUUUAUUUUGUAAAUGAACGCCAUUCAUUAAAUGUGCAUAUACAAAUUUUAAUUCCUGUCAGAGAUCUUUCGUUACAACGAUCGAACAUUACAUAUCAUUUCUGCAAAUGAUAGUUUUAUCAAAGAAUAGAAUUGGUACUUAGUUCAGUAAUAGAAAGAUAAUAUAAUAGAGAAAGAAGGCAAAUAGAAAUCCAAACAAUUUUCAAGAUAUAUUUAAAAAUAUAUAUAAAACACAUGUGAGUAAAGUGCUUUGUGACAUGGGUGAACACAAUCAGUGUUUUAUUGCUAUUAAGUAAGGCGCACGCGCAUGAUGAAAUUCGUCAAGAGAAAAAAGCAGGAACUCUGAAUACGCCACGGUAACAUCGAUUACAUUUAUCGUCGUGAAUUAAUGGAAUAGAAAUUAUUCGACGUGUAACGUAUUUUAAAUUAAUCGCAAUGAAAUCAGGUACAGUGUAAGCAGACAGUAUCGUGGCGGAUUGCAAUACUCAGAUACGGUAUAGUAAUAUACAUUCCAACAAACAUUGGGGCAUAGUUAUUAUUUAUACAUAAAGGCAAAUUUGUAUACAUAAAAGCCCUACAACUAAAAGGCAUACAACUCGACGCUAGAUCGGUGAGUUCCAACACAAAAUAUUGCUUGGUAGUACGGCGGACACUCAAAGCCAACUAACCAUGUCUGUACAAAGUGUUGCUCUGGCAUCUCUCACGGCCACCUAUACCGACUCGGAGGGCGAAGACGGGGUGGAAGACGACCUUCAGGAGAAUUCGAACACUCCCCAGGGGGCCGCCCCGAAUAAUGCCCAAGUCGGUCAGCCCCAGGCUUUCACCAGUCCCAAAUCUGGCAGAUCAGCCUCAAAUAGUCCUGUCGUUGCUCCCAGCGUUGGUGGCAAGUCUAGUAACGAUUUGUCAAACGCACCCACCUUAGUGACAGAUGUGACAUCUAAGGUGCAUAGACUGGUUUCAUACUUUGAUGACACAAUAGUCUCCGAUGACGAGGGAGCGCUGCAAAUACCAAUCGAUGGACAGCCUUCUGAGAAUGGAAGGCCCUCCUCGAUUACGGACCGCUCUCCCUCUUGUCAAGGAGAAUUAGUUUCAGAUAGCGAGGUUGAUCCGUAUGGAGUGACUAUACCGCCAGAACCAUCUGGACAGUGUCCUGUGGAAUUACAGGAGAAGAUAACUAAACUUUUCAGGAAAAUGGAGAGCGGCGGUUUGGACAUGAAUAAAGUUAUACAACAAAGAAAGGACUUUAGGAAUCCAUCCAUUUAUGAAAAACUUAUUCAGUUUUGUAGCAUCAACGAACUGGGCACCAACUAUCCUCCAGAUAGAUUUGAUCCAUUUAAAUGGGGUAAAGAUUCUUAUUACGAGGAGCUUGCCAAGGUUCAAAAAACUGAAAUGGACAAACUUGAAAAAGCGAGGAAAGAGAAAACAAAAAUCGAGAUUGUCUCCGGUACAGCUAAGCGGCCAAAUAGUUCUAGCGCGACCGAAGACGAUGCUAAGAAGAGAAAAAGUAAAUGGGAUCAAGUGGCAACUGGAGCCACAGCCUCGGUAAAGCCUACCGUUUUACUAUCUCAACCGACGCUUACUACCUUAACGUCAUCUGCGACAGGCACCAAAGCAACGGUAAUAUCGGCUUUUGGAUCUUUACCAAAGAAAAGACUGUAACAUAUUUUGUAAAUCAUUUGUAAAUAUCAAUUCUUUAAAAAAAAAAGAUUACAUUUCAUUCUUCAUUCAAAGUUUUGCUGUAAGUGCGGAAUAAUUGUGAAUUUUAUGUAAAUGUGUAUACGCAUAAGCGCGUUUCGUAUAUACAUAAAAUCAUAGUAUAUUAUCCAUAAUUUCAUUUUUUUUAGAUUUCUCUAUAAGCAUUACCGAUUAUUCAUUCAGCUCUUAAUUUUGUACAUUUGUCUCGCGCGACACACAUGCGAUAGCGUCAAUAGCAUAGUUAUCGGUGCAGCAUAUCUCUAGUUAACACGUUGAAGCGUUAAUUGCGAAUAAAACAUGUAGAUAAUUGAUUCAUAAGACAGAAGAAAAGGAGUUGUAAACUAGGUCGAAACGUAACACUAAUUAAGUAUUAUUUUCAUUUUUAUUUUCAUUGUGCCUUGUAAAAUUUUCAAAUUACUAUUACUCUAAAACACUUAUUAGUAAUGUUUCUUUUUGUUUUUAAUCAUUUUGAGGGGAAAACAAGUAAAACAAAACAAUAAAAAUUUAAUGAGAUAUUUUUCUUUAUAUUAAUAUAAUGCGAGUUACUAAUAUGUAUUUUACAUUAAAUAACAUAUUCCAUUUUGGUUUUAUCAAUUGGUAAUUUUAAAAACACUAUUGUAAAAUAUAUAUAAUAUAAGAAUGUGUUGUCAUUACAACAAAAUUGAAAAUUAAUUUUUUUCCAAUCUGAAGUAACAUGAAGAAACAGUAUUUGUAAUUAUAAUUUAUUAAAAAACACUGUUAAUG